AUGAAAAUUGUCUUCGGAACUUGCAUAUUAUUAAUAUUGACUAGUCUUAUUGGACUAGGCUAUCUUAACAACCAAUCUACACCUUUAAGCCAACUUAUCAAAAUAAAACCUUAAUUUGAACAUUUCAAGAGUAGAUAUAACUUACAAUUCGAUAAUAACUAGGAAGAAUAAUAUAGAUUAAUUAUAUUCCAUGAAAAUCUCAAACAAAUUGAGCAAGACAAUAAUGAUUCUGACAAUGGAUUUGUUUCUGGUGUUAAUAAAUUUUCACAUUUAACUGAAGAAGAAUUCAAAGCUAAAUAUUUGAAUCGUCGUUAAAGAUCUGCUUAAAACUUUUAAAACUAUCCAAUUCUUUCUUCAUAAAAAAACACUAAUGAAAAACUACCAGAAAGUGUAGAUUGGAGAAAAUAAGGUGCAGUGUCACCUGUUAGAGAUCAAGGCAAUUGUGGUUGCUGUUAUGCCAUCACCUCUGCAGGAGCUCUUGAAGGCUUGCAUAAAAUCAAGACAGGAAAGCUAGAAAUCUUUUCUCCUUAAUACAUUAUUGAUUGUUCUAAUGGAUAGUUUGAUAAUGCAGGAUGUGAUGGAGGUACUUCUGCCGGUGUAUUUUAAUUUGUAUAAAAACAUGGUAUCAAUUUAGAAUCAAGAUAUCCUUAUUAAGAUAAAUAAAAUAAGAAAUGUUUGAACAAAGAAACUAUCUCAUUUAUUAAUGGUUUCAAAGAAAUUCCUAAAGGAGACUGUAAAGAAAUAGAGAGAGUUCUUUCUAAACAACCUGUCUCUAUUUCUAUAGAUGCUAGAAAAUUAAAAAAUUAUUAAUCAGGUAUUCUUAAACAAUGCUCUAAAAAAAUUAAUUUAGAUCAUGAGAUUUUAGCUGUAGGCUAUACUCCUGACUAUUUCAUCUUAAAAAAUUCCUGGGGAACUGAUUGGGGUAUUGAUGGAUACUUCCAUGUUUCUAAAGAUAAUACUUGUGGUACUUGCGAUGAUGCUGCUUAUCCUACAUUGUGA